AGCACUGCGCUCACACUGCCAACGAGGGCGGUGGAGUAGUGUAGCGCUGCCGGUGGCUCUUUGUGCGGCUUUUCUGCCACACAUUUGUCCUGUUUUGGACUGUAGACUGUGUGGUUUGGACUGAGAGGAAGGUCAAAAAAGAAAAGAGAAGAAACAGCUACUGGAGCUACCUGUUGCCACAGGAGAGUUUUAUCAGGCAGGGCAAGUGAAAAUCACCUGCCUGGAGGCGAUGGUAAGACUGUUAUACACACUUCAGAGACUGAAUUUAAAUUGUUUCCCAUUUGGAAUAAUUUGUAUGUGGCUCUCAGCUGAUGGUGUCUAAUAUAAAAUAGAAACAGAGAGAGGAAUUUCCCUUCUUUUCAUUUAAUUUCUGCACCUGAAGUGCAGCAGAAGAUGCGUCUUUUUUUCCCACUUUGCGUUUCCCGCGAGACAAAACUGAUGUGAUGUGUUUUGGGAACUAACAGCUGUUUGGAUGGACAAGCUCUGCAGCUGAAAGAGGAAAAACAAGUUCCUUUAAAGUUCCCCUUAAAAAAACAGAAGAAGAAGAAGAAGAAGAGGAAGAAGGGAAGCCCAGGAGAGAGUAUGGGCUGCCAUGGAUGGUGUUGAGUUUGGAGUCCGUGCGUCGGAGCAGCCAGCCGCUGGGAUGCACUGCGCAUCUGAGCCGCGACGUUUCACACCAUGAUAGGGGACCAGAACUGCACCUGACCGCGAAUGUAACAAACCUGAGACCAAUCCACAAGGAUCCACUAUGUCGAGGAAGCUGACUCUGUGCCAGGCCCUGACCUUUGUCCUGCUGCUGGUCGCUCCUGUCUGCCUGUCCUCCCUGCAGAGCUCCUCCAGGGUUUCUGCGUGGGGUCCCUCCAGUGAGGCCUCGUCGGGGCGUCCGGCGCGAGCCCGACGGCAGCUGCACUUCAAGAACGAGUGGGCGAGCUGGAGCGGCUGGUCCGUGUGCUCACGGAGCUGCGGGGCCGGAGCCUCGGUUCGGACUCGCACCUGCAUCACCAGGAACCCAGUGGGAGGACCAUGUGGAGGAGAACCCAGACAAUACAAGAUCUGCAACACCAAGGAAUGUCCCUCCGGUUCGGACGAUUUCCGAGAGAUGCAGUGUGCCGCCUUCAAUGACAGGCCGCUGGUGGCUGGAAACACCUUCAGAUGGACCACGUUUCAUGGAGGCUCUAACCCCUGUGAACUCAGCUGCCUGGCCCUGGGUCACAACUUCUACUACAACUUCGGCCGCGUGCUCGAUGGCACGACCUGCGAGAAAGAGCCUAGAGCGGUGUGUGUCAACGGACGCUGCCUGAAGCCCGGCUGUGACUCCAUCUUGGGUUCGAAGGCGCAGGAGGACGCCUGCAUGGUGUGUGGAGGACAAAACACCACCUGCAUGCACCACAAGAGUGUGUACCAGAGCAACGGUCUGGAGGCAGGCGGACCUUUCGGAUACAACGAAGUGACCAUGAUACCAGCUGGAGCCACUCACAUCCGAGUCACCGAUAACAGCAGGAAUUAUCUAGCCCUCCAGAACGGUCGCUCCCAGUUUGUGAUCAAUGGUAACUGGAAGAUCAGUGUACCAGGCGAAUACAACGUAGCUGGAACAAAACUGCUGUACCGGCGCUCAGCAGACACCUGGGAGAGCUUUGAGGUGCCGGGACCCACCCAGGAAGACCUGCAUCUCAUGGUUCUGGCAACAGACAGAAACCCGGGGAUCGAAUACGAGUACUGGCUGCCACCAGACCAAUACGCCCUCUACCACGGGAGGAGGAGUCCACUACGUCAGGCUCACCACACUGCCAGCUACCUCCCCUGGGACCAACCCACCACUACAACCACUACAACCACCACCACUACUACUACCACCACCCGACCUCCCCCUGUCACCACGCGGUCCCAAUGGUUUUUAAAGCCUGUGAAGCCGCCGCGUCAACCUUCCCACCACAACCGCCAGCAGCGCCCUCACCAGCCCAUCCUGCCCCGCCUGGAGCGGGAGGACAACCACAGAAACCUCCUGCCUCAGCCUUCACCUGGAAGGCAUUGUGGGAAAUGUCUGCGGGUUAAAGGUCGAAGGGAACGCCAGAGACAGUAUUGCAAGAAGGACUUUGUUUUCAGAGGCAGAGUCCUCGGGAAGCUGUACACAGGCGAGGAGACACGUUAUGACGUCCAGAUCCUCCACUCCUACCGGAACCGCUUCCGCCUGGAGCACCGGGAGUUCCUCUGGGUCCCUAAUUUGUGCGACUGCCCCCACAUGGAAGAGGGGCUACAGUAUAUACUGAUGGUGCGUCGGCACAUUAACUAUGAGCACACGCUAAACCGCAUCCUGCUGGAGGAGGACAGCUACGUGGUGCCGUACUCACCCAGAGAGGACGAACUGGUGCGACCGCUCGAAAGGCUCUGCAGCAACAGAGGACCCAAACAGCGAGGAGAACCGAGGGGAUGAGUGUGUGUGUUUGUGUGUGUGUCUCUCAGAGAAUAGAGCUCAUACUGAAGCUUUAUUUACUUCCAAUGUUUCAUUUCUGGACCUUCAAAACAUCACGCUCCGUGGGAUCUAAGCGAUCCACGCGACAGCCUGAUGAAUUCCAGAGUGGCGUCACUGGAGAAAGAUGACAGCUGGACCGUCGACGGACACUUUCAGCUUCAUUUGAAACUCGCCACAUUAAGAAAACCAAAAAGACUCCAAGUUUAUUUAAAAGCCUCACCAGCUUACUGUACCAUAUAGAGCACUUUAGGUGGACACUUGUGCCCACCUUUAAACACAUACCAAAGAGAAGAACAUUGACUGAAAUGGCCUUUUUAUUAUUGCUGUUUUUCAACAGCUCAUUUACUUUUUUAUAUCAAUGAAAUUUUUCGUGUGUUGUUUUUAAAGGAAAAAUCCACCUCAAAACAGCAGGUUUUCAAUGGUUUCCUCUGCUUAUUCCUGGGAAUAAAUGGCCUAAAUCUCCUUGAUGUCAGAUAUUUCCAGCAGCUCAGAAAGACUUAAAAGCAGCAAAUGUUUCAGCGAUCUAAAAUACCAACAGUCAACAUCAGGUUUUGCUGUCAGUCCUCCAGAAUUAAAGAGUGAGGCCUUCUUUCUUGAGCCAACACGUAGCUCUGACUUUCACCAAUCACACAAGAAGAAAAUCCGUCGAGGAGGAGCUGCAGAGACCAAUAAAGUUGCAGAGUAGGAAGGGUUAUUUUCAGGAGUGAUUUCCCUUUCAGAGAUCCGGAAAUACAAGUCCUGUUAGGUGACUUACAGGUGGAGCACUUCCAAGGCUUUGAUGGACAUAGAGUAUCCAUUACCUGCACCGUUAACGAUGAGCAGAAGUUAAGGAUUACGCUUUGUAGAAAGCUGAUAAAUCAUUCAGCAGUAUGAGUUAUGGUUAGCCAACU